CGCGGACUCCGUUUUACCGGUUCAAGAAAUUCACAACGUUUCAUUCAUUUUGGAACUCCUUGGUCCUUGACUGGAGGGUUUGCCCCGGAUCCUACCAUGACAAUGACGGCCAUCAGCUCUCGUUCUCGGUCAGAUCAACGCCGGACCGACCUGGACCAGCGCGGCGUCCAUGAAAACGAGCCGGGCGCUUGAGUGGAAUGCAUGUGACGAGAAGCCGAGAUCCAUCAGAGCCACUGGAACCUCGGAAUCAGAAGCGAGUAAAACUAUGAACGGAGGAUGAGGACCUUUGACGGAUGCGGUGGAAACGCCAGCAGGCACGCUGAUUUGGAUCGUGAACUGCCAGCAGUGAGAAAAUGUUCGAACUCUGGUGAAGAACCUACAUUCUGAUUGAACCCGAUGUGAGUGGGAACGUUGGCCAGGGUGGGUCGGGCCAUCGACAUAAACGGGGGGUCGAGUGUCUGAAUCCGAAACUCCCUG